ACGACCAAGGGAGAGCCCGAGGCGGCUUCAUUGCUGUUGCCGCCGCCGUUGCAGCAACAGCUCCUCGGUUUCGCAGAGGCAGUAGCUCACCUCAGCUUUCCCCAGCACCUGGCCCUCCGGGACGGCACCUAACAACAACCGGCGUCCGGUUCUGGACUUGGCUGGCGAGAUACUUUGUUCCAGAGGGCGCGGGACCAGGGCCCAUCGAGGUCGUGGGGACCCAGGGUACUGGGAGUAUGGAAACCAGCAUCCCAGCCUCGGAGCAGACCAGCUGCGGCAAAGAGGAUCCGCGGGUUUGUUGCUUUGAAGAUACUGGAGGAGCUGAGGCCGUGCAGGUUGCGGAUUGUGAGAACCCUGAAGACAGUCGACCCCAAGAUGAGCCGGGCUGCUGCAACCCGGAGAACUCUGGGCAGCUAAUGGCUUCCUAUGAGGGUAAAGCUAAAGGAUACCUGGUGCCUCCCUUUGGCUGGCGCAUCUGCCUAGCUCAUGAGUUUGCAGAGAAGAGGAAACCCUUUGAUGCCAACAACAUCUCCUUAAGCAACAUGAUAAAGCUUGUGGGCGUGGGCUUCAGGUACUUUCAGUGGUGGUACCAGAAGACCCGAGUGGAGAAGAAGACACCUUUCAUUGACAUGUUGAAUUCCGUGCCCUUGAGACAGAUCUAUGGUUGUCCCUUGGGUGGCAUCGGGGGAGGUACUAUCACCCGUGGCUGGAGAGGCCAGUUCUGUCGUUGGCAGCUCAACCCUGGAAUGUACCAGCAUCAGACAGUCAUUGCUGACCAAUUCACAGUGUGCUUGCGUCGGGAAGGGCAGACUGUAUACCAGCAAGUCCUGUCCCUGGAGCGCCCAAGCGUCCUGCGCAGCUGGAACUGGGGUCUUUGUGGGUUCUUUGCCUUCUACCAUGCCCUCUAUCCCCGAGCCUGGACUGUUUAUCAGCUUCCUGGCCAGAAUGUCACUCUCACCUGCCGCCAAAUCACACCCAUCUUGCCCCAUGACUACCAGGACAGCAGCCUGCCUGUAGGAGUCUUUGUGUGGGAUGUGGAAAAUGAAGGGGACGAAGCCCUGGAUGUGUCCAUCAUGUUCACCAUGCGGAACGGACUGGGGGGCAGGGACGAUGCCCCAGGGGGUUUGUGGAAUGAGCCCUUCUGUCUGGAGCGCGAUGGGGAAACUGUACAGGGCCUACUGCUGCAUCAUCCAACCCCCCCAAAUCCCUACACAAUGGCCAUGGCUGCACGACUCACGGCAGAUACCACGGUAACCCACAUCACAGCCUUUGACCCUGACAGCACUGGUCAGCAGGUGUGGCAGGAUCUACUUCAGGAUGGACAGCUGGACUCCCCCGCUGGCCGGAGCACCCCCUCUCAGAAAGGAGUAGGCAUUGCUGGGGCUGUGUGUGUUGCAGCCAAGCUGCCGCCUCGAGGCCGGUGCUGCCUGGAGUUCUCGCUGGCUUGGGACAUGCCCAGAAUUGUGUUUGGAGCUAAAGGCCAGGUCUACUAUAGGCGGUAUACAAGGUUCUUUGGUCAAGAUGGCAGUGCGGCACCUGCCCUUAGUCACUACGCACUGUGCCGAUAUGCAGACUGGGAAGAGAGGAUCUCAGCUUGGCAGAGCCCAAUAUUGGAGGACAGGUCCUUGCCUGCCUGGUACAAAUCUGCACUGUUCAAUGAACUGUACUUCCUGGCCGAUGGAGGCACAGUAUGGCUGGAAGUUCCUGAGGAUGCCCUAACGGAGGAGCCGGAGGGGGGCAUGAGGCAGCUCCGCCCCAUGCUACGGGAGUACGGACGAUUUGGCUACCUUGAGGGUCAGGAGUAUCGCAUGUACAACACAUAUGAUGUCCACUUUUACGCUUCCUUUGCCCUCAUCAUGCUCUGGCCCAAACUCGAGCUCAGUCUGCAGUAUGACAUGGCUCUGGCCACUCUCAAGGAAGACCUGACACCACGACGGUACCUGAUGAGUGGGCUAACAGCACCUGUGAAAAGGAGGAACGUUAUCCCCCAUGAUAUUGGGGACCCAGAUGACGAGCCAUGGCUCCGGGUCAAUGCGUAUGUGAUCCAUGACACUGCCGACUGGAAGGACCUGAACCUGAAGUUUGUGCUGCAGGUUUAUCGGGACUAUUACCUGACGGGUGACCAGGGCUUCCUGAGGGACAUGUGGCCUGUGUGUCUGGCUGUGAUGGAGUCUGAAAUGGAGUUUGACAAGGACCAUGAUGGACUCAUUGAGAAUGGAGGCUAUGCAGACCAGACCUAUGAUGGAUGGGUCACCACAGGGCCUAGUGCAUAUUGUGGAGGUCUGUGGCUGGCAGCUGUGGCUGUGAUGGUCCAGAUGGCUACUCUGUGUGAGGCACAAGACAUCCAGGAGAAGUUUUCUUCCAUCCUCAGCCGGGGCAAAGAGGCCUACGAGAGGCUGCUGUGGAAUGGCCGCUAUUACAACUAUGAUAGCAGCUCCCAGCCUCAGUCCCGUAGCAUCAUGUCUGACCAGUGUGCUGGCCAGUGGUUCCUGAGGGCCUGUGGUCUAGGAGAGGGAGACACAGAGGUAUUUCCUACCCCACAUGUGGUCCGUGCUCUCCAAACUAUCUUCGAGUUCAAUGUCCAGGCCUUUGCAGGAGGGGCCAUGGGGGCUGUGAAUGGGAUGCAGCCCCAUGGUGUCCCUGAUACAUCCAGUGUCCAGUCUGAUGAAGUCUGGGUGGGUGUGGUCUAUGGGCUGGCCGCCACCAUGAUCCAGGAGGGCCUGACUUCAAAAGGCUUCUGGACAGCUGAAGGCUGCUACCGCACCGUGUGGGAGCGCCUGGGCCUGGCCUUCCAGACUCCUGAGGCGUACUGCCAGCAGCGGGUGUUUCGCUCCCUGGCUUACAUGCGGCCCCUGAGCAUCUGGGCCAUGCAGCUGGCCCUGCAGCAACAGCAGAGUAGAAAGGCCUCCAGACCAGUAGUGGAGCUAAACACGGGGCCUAAAGCUAGACCAAAGGGAGCCACAGCAAACCUGAGCCCAGAGUGAGCCCUGUGAACUGUGGGAGGAGGAGCUAAAAGCCCAGCCUCUAGCCUGGCCUUCCCUUCCUUACCCUCAAUCUCCUGCAGCCCUGAGCCACCAGGACAAUCACACCUCCCUCCCCCUACACCCAGCUGUGCCAGUAAAGAGGGGUUGGAGGUGACCCAGACAUCAGAAUCAUUUAUUUCUUUCCUUACCCCCUCCCUUCGCUGCAUGAAAUGUAUGAUGAGGUUCAGUUGAUUCCACCAGGCCCAUUCACAGAAUGAUAGAGACAACACAGGUACAAAUAAAAGACCCAGAAAGCCAGUAAGUCUGGUGUGUUUGAGCCUCAGUCUUCCUGGCAGGGCUGAAGGUAGCCCUUUCUCAUUCCUUUGUAUUUGGACACAGACUGGGGCUCCCAGGCUCUUGCUGAGGCCCUCCUCAUCCUCCCAUCUAGCCUGAGUAUCUGACCUGCAAGAUGACAGACGAGGGGCUGUGGGUAGAGAGCCAUCUACCCUUUCUUGUGAGAUUGGUCUGCAGGGGAAGGAUGGGACUUAGGCAGGAGUGCAUUGAGACGGGGUCAGAGAGGGUCCGCUUCAGGGGAGGCUCUGCACCAGGAUCCUGAGGCACGUGGUUCAAAAAGCAGCAAGAAUUGCCAGGGACCUGGAGGAAAUGGUCUGAGCUGUCCAGCAACUGGUUUGUGCUGUCCUUUGGUACCUCUGACUGCAGGGCAGGGAGCUCCAGUUGGUGAGGGUCCUCACUGGGGAGGGAUCGAAGCUGGCGGGACAACACUGAGGGGACAAAGAAGAUUUUCAGGGGCAGGCCAGGGCCUCUUCCCCCAACCCAUGCCUUCCUUGAUGGUAGCCUCAAGCCUCUUACCUCCAUGCUCAGCUGGCAGGCUCCCCCUUAUGUCAGAGGAGUACAUCGCAGGUAUGAGGAGGAGGCAGAAGGAGAAGAGUAGGACCUGGAGCACAGAGAAAAGGAGAUAAAGAAAGGGGCUCUGGAUUGCACCCUGCCCCCGCUACCUGAGAAAAAGAUGUCUCCUUCCAUCACCAGCCUCACCAGGACACAGGUGCUGCUGCUGCUGGUUUUGUUUGAUAUCUGAAUCACCAUGGCUUGGAGUUUCCUCAGCUGAUCCAGAAGGGACCUAGAGGGAGAGAAGAGAGAGUGAGCACACCCUGGCCUGGUAACUGAGAUACAAUGAAACUCUCCUGUUAAGGCCACCCCCUCCAUCUGUGCCCUGGAUCAUCCCUUACUUUGUUUUUGCCAGUGACCACUUUUCUGUAGAUAAAAUGCUUAAAGCUCCCCAUUAAAAACAAACAACAAAAAAAAUAAUCUCUCCACCCUGACAAAUUCCUUUGGCAAAUACCUUCAGUAGUUCUGCCUGAUCAAUGAUGCCCAUAGUCCUCACCAGGCAUUCCAUAACCUUUACCUUCUGGUCCCAACUCACCUGUGUCAGAGUUCCAGCCAAACCAGAUGGUGGUGUGCUCACUCUGCUUGAAAUGUUUACUUCACCCCUAGAAUCCUAUCUACUAUCAAAUGCCAUCUACCCCCUGAAGUCUUUCUUCCUCCUUCCUUUCUCUUUCUUGGUUAUAGUUAUUUGUGAAUUCUGCCAGUACUUUGAGCUUCCUGGACCCACAUUGAAGGCUAAGUACCAGAUUGCAUAUAGGAGCUGCCCAGUUAGAAGUCAAGUGUGGAACAGGGGAAAGAGUGGGGCAGCAUUAAAUGGGGGUGAUGGGAAAGGACUAAUGUUGGAGGGUUGCUUACAGAUUCUCUUCCUCCAAGAGCUGCACCUUGUUCUGUAACUCCAGAUUCUGGGCUGUGUAUUUCAAGAUCCUGGGGGGAAUAACAGGGAUAUGACCUCUGUCUUCCCUUUAAAAUCAUUUCCAACUACCUCUGUUCCCCCCACCCUUGAGCCCUUCUUCCUUUCAUACCUGCUCUCUAAACCUCCCACAUACACCUUCUUCUUCCUACGACUCUCUUGAGCAGACUUUUUGUUUCGAAUCUUCCUCCGUACUCGUUUGAGGGCUUGUUCCUCCUUCUGGAAGAAGAUGGGGGAAGGGGCAUCAUCAGAGGAACACUGGACCAAAGAGUUGGAAGGCAAAUGAGUUCAAUCACCUGACCAGUAUGCACUCGGCUUCUGUGCAGAACGCCGCUGGGAACCAGGUGUUAACAUCUCUGUUAAUAAGCCCGGACCACUUUUAACAAUUUUAUAUAUUUUUUAAAUCUCCCAAGCCCACAUCUGCCUCCUUAUAAUUUCUAUCCAUUGGACUGACCUAGUAUCUAAUCUUUGAAGCCAUGUUGAACAAACCUUCCUUAGUUAUUUUAAGACAUUUGACAUUUCUUCAGAGUUUAAAAAAAAAAAACCUGGACAAAAAUUUUAUCUCAUUUUAUCUACUCUCCUCAGGAUGGAU